AAGUCUAGGUUAUUGUCUGAAAGCGCCAAGUAUGGUGGCCCGUCUGCUGACCUUGCGACACUCUUUCCGGAGGAGCCUUCUACAUCUCAGGAAUUACAGUCCUUAUGGAAGCUACAAAAAUGAACAUGGACCAUCAUACUAUCUUAUACCGGAGAUUCCUUGCGAAUCGUAUGUAUCGCAAAAUAUCUUGAAGCCACUCAGCAUUUCAAAUUUAGAGGACCUGAAGCCUGACAGAGUGUUCGGAGGAAUUUCCAAACUGAUUAUGAAUUAUCAAGUUUGCCUAUCAAAGUUAUCAGACUGUAUCCAAAGUGGCAAGCUUUUGAAAAAUGAUGUCACUAUCAUAUCUGCUCUUGAACAAGCAUCUUUUCCUGUCGAGCAAGCCUUCUGCAAUCUAAACUGUCUCACCAGUGUGAAAGAAGACCCAAUUUGGACCCUGGUAGUGUCACGCCUGUACCAGAAAUUGAAAGCUGCCAGACGUGAAUAUCUCUGUCGUGAUUCUUCUAUCUAUGAGGCACUUCUCACACUUAGACGUACGAACUCCAAUAUGGAUGAAUAUGAAAAAGGCUUGUUGGAUGCAUGGAUCUAUGAAUGUUGGUUAAUGGGUACUGGAUUAUUACUUUCUCCUAAUAAACCCUCAUUCUCUGAAUUCAAAGGAGAUGCUUCUGAGAUAGGAAACUGUAGAUCAUCCUCAAACACUAUUUCACAACACUCUCCGAAGUCUUUGGAAGCUAUACACGAUGUACAUACAAAUAUAGAUAAAGAAGAGGUCCAGUUUCAAGCAAUGGUUGCAUCCUCAGCUUCAGUAUCAACACCUCAAAAUUCAAUUUCAAGGUUUUCUGGUCGUAUAUCAACACCGUCAUAUUUAGAUGUUCUUACAGGUGCUACAGAUAUAAGAGUUGCUGAGUCAGAUUUAGCCCCAUCAGCACCCUAUUGGCUGCCUGCAGUUCUGGGUGGUAAAGAAGACGGUGGACAUAUAGCUGGUAUGCAUAUCAAUUUAUCUUCGAACGAAAUAGUCAGUAUAUUCUUGAAACAUUGCAGCAAUAGUGAGUUACGUCGGUUGGUAUGGGAAUAUUGGGUUCGGCGUGCAAGUGAUCGGUAUUUUGGUCCAUCAACUGGUUUACAUGCAUCUAAUGAUGGCCGCAUACAACACCUUCGUCGUUUACGAGCAUCUUUAGCGAAGCAUCUUGGUUGUAAAGAUUGGUUAUCUGUAGUUUGGAGCUCACCAUAUGCAUGUUCACCAUCAUCUCCUGACAGUUUGACUAAUGAUAUUCUUGAGCCUUUCAGAACCAUUUUGAAACAAAGUGGUGAACGCGACUUCAAAUUAUUGAGAGAAUGGGCAAAUGCAAAUCUAGAUCUACCUGGCAAAACUUUAGAAGCUUGGGAUGUGGAUUAUGCAUUGGAACAAUAUAAUUAUGCUGCUGAUUAUACACGCUUUGAAACAUUGAUCAGUCCACCAAAUGGCUCUUUAGUGAAUUACCUUCAUACUGUCUUCUCUGAGCUAGCAAAUAUGUUCCAUUUGAAGUUGACUACUGAAAUACCAAGAUCUUCAGAAAAUAUGUCAUAUAUUGUUGAAAAAUUGGUAUAUCAUGUCGAAGACAUGUCAGAUGGUACACUGCUUGGUGAAAUAAUUAUUGAUCCGUUUUCCAGAAACGGUCGUUCAGUUCCUGUCGGCGGUAAUAUAUUUGCUCCAGUGGCAGCAAGAAAUAAUUUAUUUGCAAGUGAUAUUCGUAUACUUUCUGGAUCCUCUCAAUAUCCAAUUGUUUAUCUUUUAGGCAGCUUGAAUCCAUCAAGUGAAACAUUUGGUAUUUCUUUCGGUGUAAGUUUCCCCCAGGCAAUUGUUUUUGCCUUAUUCAAUCUUUUCUUUAUGAACAUUGAGGGUUGUUCAGUAUUGUGGACUCGCUUAUACAAUCUGUGUGUAAUAGCUAGUACUGUUGUUGUUGUUGUUCUAGUCAUAGACACAAUAAGUUCUGUAAAAACAAUUAUGCUUACUGGUUUCAAAUCUUCGUUUAUCUGUUCUACUAAUAUCAUUGAACAAUGAAAGAUUAGGUGAUCAGUGUUGGCACUUAAUUCAGUUUGUCGGACUUUAUAAAAACGCCCAUAAAAACAGAGCAGAUGAUUGCAGUAUUCCAUAGUGGAAACACCUGUUCUUAUCUCAUAACCGUUGCUCUCAUUUAGUACCCAGCGUGGGUGGUGACCGACUGCUAAUAUCGAGUAUUGUUUGCUGAAACCAUACUACGUUGCGAAACUGCAAUGAGCGCAGAUGUACAUGUAAAGACAAUAGUUAGAUGAAUACUGGCCAAAAGUUUCAAUACCUGGAAGAUGACGAAGAGUGAUAGAUGUAACUAUAACUUUUUAUUUAUUGACUUAAAUUAAAGCAGAUUACCUCGAUCUUGAAAAAAAUAUUUCUUAUUAAGGCAUAUGUAAUUGAACACUAGUUAGUAAAUUAAUGUAUUGUGUCUAGUCCUUUAUUUGGUGUAGACUGAAUUCUGUCGUCGGUCACGUUUGCAGUGUGGCCACCAUUCUGUAUGACUCGCCAUCACGGUGCACUUUGAAUUGUUGAUAUUAGAUGGUUGAAGGCUAUCGUCAGGAAAACUUAGACCUAAAUUUUGUGCUAGCUGCUACUCAUCAGCAAGGGGUAUCUACAACCUUGACGGAACGCAUAUCCCUCCUCAGAUUGGAACCCGCAUCACCCAGUGUUGCAGAUUGCCUCCAAUCACCUAACAUCAACAAUUUAAAGUGCACCAUAAUGACCAGUCGCCUAGAAUGGUGGCCACAUUGCAAACUUGAAUGACGACAGAAUUCAGUCUGCACCAAACAAAUGACUACACAGUUUACUGACUAGUGUCCAAUCAAAAAUAUCCAAUACAGUCCAACAGAAGGUCAAUCGCCAGUCCCAAAUAGCUCAGUAGUAACGUGUCUGACUGCAGAACAGGGUGACACGUGGACUUGAAUCUCAGAAGAGGCAUGAGUUCCUCCAAGGUUGAAAAUACGCCUUCCUGACUGGUGAUUGAGUCAACUAGCACGAAACCUAGUUGGAGUAAGGCUUCCUACCGAUUGCCUCCAAACUAUCUAAUGCCAAUACGGCAUAUUUAAAUGCUAUUUAGUCUGAGCUUUGUAGGUAACUGUAGGCAUCCUGUUGACAGUGAACAGUAUACUUUAAACAUAGUGGUAUUUGAAGUUAUUCUUUGUUAUGAACUCAUUUUAUUGUCUAUCUACAGAAAUCAGGAAAUAAACUGCUGUCAUCACUUAGCAACACUAUGUAAUAAGGUUAUAGUGCGUAUCUAUUGGCUUAAGGAUAGGGCGCGCGUUUUGUUCUAUUUGAGACUAGUUGUCUAGUGGGCAUACGUUCACCUCCAGAUGUUAAGUCCUAAGUAGGACGAAAUACGCAUACUGGAUUCUCAAUACCCGCCAGCAAACACUAACCAAACAGCUUUAUUUACCUGGUCUCUAUUUACACAUAAUCACUUCAAGCGUUUCUCUGUUUGUUUCUAAUGUUUUGCAUUUUUUAUAUGUUCACUCAUACUUCAAUUAAGAUUUUACAUUUUUAGGCUUUACUUUCAUUUAUGUCCUCCUUUGGAUCGUGUCUCCAAUAUGUUGCAUGCCGUGUACCACACCAUGAAUUGUAUAGUUUUCCUCAUUUCAUGGCAUUGGAUAGUCGUUUCCUAAUGUCUGAUCUAUGCUAUAGUAUAGGCGUUAGUAAUGCAUUGCCUUCAAUACGACAACACCGUGGGUCGGAUAAUCAAAAGGCUCAUUUUCAACCAUCCGCUGUUGGUUUAAGAACUCCACCUAAACGUAUUAUGUCUUUGUAUAUUCUUCGAGAACUAUACGAGUCUAGAUUUGAUUUAGCUCUUUGGUCGAAUAAAGAAUCAGAAACAAAAUGGUCAACAUUACACAAAGAUUUCUGGAAAAUGCAUAUGCCAUAUCCCCUACAUCCAGAUGAUCAAUGGCCGUGCUCAUGCACUCAACUUUUUGGGCCUAAUUCACAAGCGGGUUUAUUGUAUUACCGAAUUUGGCGUAGAAUUCUUUUACAGGAUGUAUUGUGUUCACUACAAGAUGCUAAUUGGUUGUCUGAAUCGCAUAAGGCAUCGGAAAUAUUCAAGCGCUUCCGUGAAACAUACUUGACUUAUGGAAGUGCCAUCCCACCAGCUGAAUUAUUUCGGCGCUUCCGUGGAAGAGAUCCUAAUCCCAAAUUACUUUUAAAGGAUAUGAAUCAGUCAUUUAGUGGAACUAUAGAACCGUCUACAGCAACUGAAGGUGUUGACGCUAUACUUGUUCGUUGACAGUAUUUCUUUUUAUUUCGCAUAAUCAAUAAUGUACACAUAUUCUAAGCUUCAUCUACCCACUUUUUGCGUAGAAUCUUGUCAUUAACAAAAAAAAAGGAAUUUCAUCAUUUGUACAUUUCAGAACAAAUUUAUCUUAGAUUACUGCAAUGUGAUAUUUACAAUGAACAAUGAAGCAUAUGAUAAAAGUAAUUCGAUCUU